UUCGUGAGUAUUAAGACCGCCAAAUCCAUAUUGAGAUUUUUGUUUUCAUUUCUCAUUAUUAUUUAGUGGAAGAACCAUACUCAUCUAUCUCAUGCGUGAUCUGCUGCUUCUCCUUCCCACCAUAAAAGCGCAUCCUCUAUAAUCUGUGCGUCUUUUCUUAUCAUUUCUUGACCCGAAAAUAAGCAUUUCCGCUCUAGCAAGAAGCAACGAUGGCGGAAACCACUCUAUUUUCUCCUUACAAGAUGGGCAGGUUCAAUCUUUCUCACAGGGUGGUGCUGGCGCCAAUGACGAGAUGCAGAGCGUUGAAUGGGAUUCCAAACGCAGCGUUGGCCGAGUAUUACACGCAGAGGUCAACUCCUGGUGGUUUUCUCAUUACUGAAGGCACUCUUGUGUCCCCUACCGCCCCUGGGUUUCCUCAUGUUCCUGGGAUUUAUACCGAGGAACAGGUGGAAGCAUGGAAGAAGGUUGUGGAUGAAGUCCAUGCCAAAGGAAGCAUCAUAUUCUGUCAACUGUGGCAUGUUGGCCGUGCAUCUCAUCAAGUUUAUCAACCUGGUGGAGCUGCACCCAUAUCAUCGACGAGUAAAGCCAUCUCGAACAGGUGGAGAAUUCUCAUGCCAGAUGGGAGCUACGGUACAUACCCAACACCUAGGGCCUUGGAAACCUCAGACAUACAAGAGGUUGUAGAGACUUACCGCCAGGCAGCCUUAAAUGCCAUUCGAGCUGGAUUUGAUGGAAUCGAAAUCCAUGGGGCUCAUGGUUACCUUAUUGAUCAAUUUUUAAAGGAUGGGAUCAAUGACAGGACGGAUGAGUAUGGUGGAUCAAUCAACAAUCGGUGCAGAUUCUUAAUGCAAGUGAUUGAAGCAGUAGUUGCAGCUAUUGGUGCAGAUCGAGUUGGUUUCAGAAUGUCACCAGCAAUUGAUCACCUUGAUGCCAUGGAUUCUGAUCCACUCAACUUGGGUCUUGCAGUGAUUGAGCGACUUAAUAGACUCCAGUUAAACCUGGGAUCAAAACUCACUUAUCUUCAUGUGACUCAACCUCGUUACACAGCUUACGGCCAAACAGAAUCAGGCAGACAUGGCACUGAAGAUGAGGAGGCUAGACUAAUGAGAACAUGGAGAAAUGGUUAUCAGGGAACUUUCAUUUGCAGUGGUGGCUUCACGAGGGAGCUAGGGAUUGAAGCUAUAGCUGAAGGAAAUGCGGAUUUGGUAUCCUAUGGCCGAGUAUUUAUUUCAAACCCUGAUUUAGUCUUAAGAUUAAAGCUAAAUGCACCCUUGAAUAAGUAUAUCAGGAAGACUUUCUACACUCCAGAUCCUGUUGUUGGAUACACAGACUACCCAUUUUUGAGCAAAGAAAAUGGGAGUCAGCAGCUGCUGUCGCGCCUUUGAAUGGGGACAUUGGGUUAUGUAUUUAAUUGAGCAUCUAUCAUUUGGUAAAGAACUUGAUUAUUUAAGUGAAUAUUUUGUUUGAGUCUAUGUUCUCAAGGCAAAAAAAUUGUUAAAUAGAGAAAAUCACUCUUUUGUCAAUAGACUUGAAUAAUAACAAGUCUAUUGCUUUCUUAAUAAGAAGGUGCAGCCUUUAUGAGGGCAAGUCUUUGGAAUA